GUGAACACCCAUGUUUCAUGGUUGUGGCAAGUAGUAGCCAUCAACAACAAACACCACCUUACUCUUCCACUACUCAUCACCAUUUCUGUGUUCAUCUUGGCCAUAUUAUGGUUAUGGUCCACACUUUCCACCUCCUCAAAUGGUGAUGGUGCACCACCAUUGCCACCAGGUCCCUAUCACUUGCCCAUUAUAGGCUACCUUCCCUUUCUUGGCCGUAACUUGCACACACAGUUCACCGACAUGGCUCGCACUUACGGUCCCAUCUUCAAGGUCCGGGUGGGAACCAAGCUAAGCAUUGUGAUAAGCUCCUCGGAACUAGCAAAGGCCGUGGUUCGUGACCAAGAUGAGACCUUUGCUAACCGUACCCUCACAAUUGCAGCCUCAAUAAGCACUUAUGGAGGCCAAGAUAUAGCAUGGUCAAACCACAACUCAUCCUGGCGUAAGCUUCGCAAGAUAUUUGUCCAAGAGGUCCUAAGCAGCAAGAAUCUCGAAGCCUGUAGUUCUCUCCGAAGGGAUCAAGUUAGAAAAACUAUCAGGAAUGUUUAUAGUAAAAUAGGGACCGCAAUUGAUCUUAACCAGAUCUUUUUCUCAACGAUUGCCAACGUUCUAACAAGCAUGAUUUGGCAUAACUCAUUGGAUAAAGGGGCAGACUACGACCAUCUUGGAGCUGAGUUAGAGAUGGUGGUUUCGGAGAUGGCUGACCUUUUCGGAAGACUGAAUGCAGCUGAUUUCUUCCCUAGUCUUGCAUGGUUUGAUCUUCAAGGUGUUGAGAGGGACAUCAGGAGGGCAUCUAAGAAGUUGGAUGGGAUUAUCACAAGUGUUAUUAACGACCGAAUCAAAUAUAACUCCCAAAACAACUCAGAUGAUGAUGCAGACGGAAAGAAAGAUGUUUUACAAAUUUUAUUAGAUCUCAAGGACCAAAAGGAUGCAACAUCGGUUGACAUCACCAAUCUUGACAUAAAAGCACUUCUCACUGAUAUCAUGGUUGCAGGACCAGAAGCAACGACAUUACUGAUAGAGUGGACAAUGGUAGAGAUCAUGAAAAAUCCUAAAGUAAUGAAAAAGGUUCAAGAAGAAUUGGCACAAAUUGUAGGACCAAACAAUAUCGUGGACGAGUCUCAUCUUUCGAGACUGAAAUACCUAGAUGCAACGAUUAAGGAAACAUUUCGAUUGCACCCUGUAGUCCCUCUCCUUGUCCCACGUUCACCAAGUAAGACUUGCACGGUAGGUGGAUACACCAUCCCAAAGGGUUGUAGUGUCUUUGUGAAUGUCUGGGCAAUCCAUAGGGAUCCUCGAUAUUGGGACAAUCCCUUGGAAUUCAAUCCUGAGAGGUUCUUGGGUGAUGAAGGGGUGAACAAAUAUGAUUUCAAUGGAAACAAUUUGAACUUCUUCCCAUUUGGAUCGGGUAGAAGAGUGUGUGCAGGUAUUCCCUUGGCUGAGAAAUCACAAAUACUUAUCUUGGCUUCACUCUUGCACUCGUUCAACUGGAGCUUGCCUGAAGGUGAAGAGCUUGAUUUAUCCGAUGUAUUUUGCGUUACAUUAAGGAAAAGAAAACCACUCAUUGCUAUUCCAUCUCAAAGGUUUCCCAACAUGAGCCUUUAUAUGUAA